CAUUAUUUAUACACUAAAAAUUUCGCCAGCUCCGUCUUUUUGCUUAUCUUCUAUACAUUUACAGUCCCGAUUCAUCUUCUCUCCAGCUCCGACCAGGACGUAACAGGUAAGUACAAAAGAGGGUGGUGAAAGAUGGGUCGCGUUCGUACCAAAACAGUGAAGAAAUCGUCACGUCAGGUGAUCGAGAAGUACUACUCGAGGAUGACACUCGACUUCCACACGAACAAGAAGAUCUUGGAGGAAGUCGCAAUCAUCCCUUCCAAAAGACUACGCAACAAGAUCGCUGGAUUCUCCACGCAUUUGAUGAAGCGUAUCCAAAAGGGACCGGUGCGCGGGAUCUCGCUCAAGCUGCAGGAGGAGGAGCGCGAACGGAGAAUGGACUUUGUCCCCGACGAGUCGGCGAUCAAGACCGAUGAUGUGAAGGUGGACAAGGAGACGCUAGAGAUGCUUGCGUCUUUGGGAAUGUCUGACGUUUCCGGGUUUUCUCAAGUGGAGACACAAGCGGCCGUGGCACCAGGCAAUGCGUUUGGCCGUGGUGGAAGAAGAUUUUAAGGCAUGAGUUUUGUUUUUUUUGUUUUGUGUUAUGGAAUGAUUCACAACGUUGUUAAUCUCUUUCGUAUAUUCUUGCAGUACUGUUUUUAUCCAAGUUUCAGAAGUGUUGAAUUAAAUCAUUUCGAAUCAACAAAUGAGUUUUAAUUA